AUGAACGCCGCUGCCAUGACUGCCGUGCCAGAGGGGCAGAAACCGAAUAAGAAGCGCAAGCUCGUGGAUCGCUCAGUACCUGGAACGGUGCUCUCGGACCCCGCUUUCGGUGUAGACUCGAAGAUGUAUACCGACUUGCAGGAGAUGGAGCGCAAGCUUGACUGGAAUAUGAUGCGAAAGAAGGCGGAAAUUCAGGACGCAAUGGGACGGGUUGCCUCGACUUCCAGAACUCUCCGUAUCUUCGUAUCCCACACUGUGUCUGAGCAGGUGUGGCAAGCGAGCUCAUCCGACGAGCCCAACUUCGAGACAGGGAAGGGUGUACCCGCCUGGCAGGUGAAGAUUGAGGGACGCUUGCUGGAGCCUACGAGCGCACGACAGAAGGACAAAGCGCCCCGACCGUUCUCAACUUUAGUGAGGGACGUAAUUGUUGAGUUCGAACGCGACCCGGCUUUAUACCCUGACAGCAACAUCGUUGAGUGGCACCGAGGCGCGAAUCAACCUUCGCUCGACGGAUUCACCAUUCGACGUAUGGGCGAUCGUCCAACGAACAUGCGCAUCAUGUUAUAUCUCGACCAUCAUCCGGAGCUAUUCAAAGUCAAUCAGGAGCUUGCGGCUCUCAUUGGUAUCAAAGAAGGCACCCAAAACGAGAUUAUCCAAGCUGUGUGGAACUACGUAAAGCUCCAGAACCUGAUUGACAAAACCGACCGACGGCGCAUCAUGCUAGAUGCACCACUGAAGCAUAUUCUGAGUGCGACACUCAAACAUCCAGCCCCGGAGGUUAUCACGUUUACUACACUGCCGGAAUUCGUCACUAGAACCGUCUCGCGUGUGGAUCCUAUCAAGCUGCAGUACAUGCUUGACCCAACCAUACCCCCUCCGGACAAACCUCAGGCGUGGGAUAUUCAGCUGAAGGUUGAAGACCAGGCGUUGAAGGCCAAGAUGGCGGGUGUAACCGUCAAUGCCUCCCCUCAGACGACCGCUGAGCUCAGCAAGCUCGACGAGGAGAUCGCUAUACAAGUACAAAGCAUGCACGCUUCCGUACUCAAGCGCGACUUCUUGUCUGCUUUCGCCGAAGACCCUGCUGCUUUUGUACAGCGUUGGGUUGCCAGUCAGGCUCGCGAUCUCGAGACUGUCAUGGGGUCCGGACCAACGGAUGGUCAGACCCUGCGUCGCGAAGAUUUGCAGCGCUCCGAGUACUUCCGCUUGCCGUGGGUCGAAGAGGCAGUCGCAGUGUGGGAGGGGAUGCGGCUUGCCCAACCGCAACGUACUUAG